AUGACUCAAAUUCCUCUUGGAGCGCAAUUGUCUCCCGUCGACCUCCCCCCUCCACCACCCAACGCUGAUCCUCGAGAACCUUCUUCAGCGCUGACCCCUCGACAGAGGGGAUCUCGUACACCCCAAAGAUCGCGUUCCCCACUCGCAUCGCGAGAUGCAUCGCCGGUCCGACCCAUAGGUCAAGGUAGAUCCCACUCAUCCGAACUGGGUUCAUCACCUCCCUCCACGCUCCAACAACCCAUUCCCAAAUCUACCUCGGGUACACCCUCACCAUCUGUACCUAUUCAAACUCACUCUCAUCAUCUAUCUAGACCCUCUUCACCCUCAUCUAUCCACUCGUCCGGAUCAGCCAUAUUCGAGAGAGACAUAGAAUUACCUCCAGUCGCGUCGUUAUCUCUCAACCCUAAUCCAACCCAUCAACAACAACAUCAUACCCUCAAUCACAAAUCCAGUAGAUUAUCGCAUCUGUCCCAUGGAUCGGCACUGGACCACACUGUCCCGACGGUAUUGGACGAUGCUGUCGAAGCUUUGACUGCGGGUGGGUUAGACGGUACGAGUAGGGGAUUCGAGGUAUUGGAGAUUGAAGCUCCUGCUCCUGCUCCUGUUCCGUCCACCAUCGGUGUAGGCAUGGCCAGACAAUCGUCUUCAAGUAUACCAAGAAAGAUCUCCUCUGGUCCUCGAAGUGGAGGUGGUAAUAUCCAUUCGAGAUCACCUUCCCCAAUCUCGAUCGCAUCCAAAACCUCGUCGAUCAUUUCUCCAGCUACUUCUCCUCCGAUCUUGGGUCAAUUGAAUACUCAACAACAGCAAUCAGCUGGUUUGACUGGGACGGGACAAAACGUCAGUCAACUUAGCUCUACGGCUGGAGAAGAAGGUCUGCCUGGAACUGUUCCUCGACCUGCUAUGCCUCAACGGAUCAGUACCGGUCCUCAAGUUCCUGGAGGUUGGGCGUCAGCCUUCGGAGGUGGACCUUCAGCGGGUGCUACCACUUUGCCUUCUCAAGCGGAGAACAGUGUAGUAGCCGAUGACAGGGCUGCAUCACCUAGUUCAGAUAGCCCCAAUAAUGCCUUCCAAACACUCACGCCUACAUCCUUACCAUCCCACAUCUCGCCAAACAAGAACAAACAUCGUAUCUCGUACUUAUCACCAAACGAUCUUUUGCUGUCUUUACCUACCAAAGUUACUUCUUUGGAAGAUAUAACUUCAGGUAAUCUAUCACCUGAUCAUUUACCUGGAACGGUUUCACCAUCCAUGUCAACUCGAUCACCAGUCAUGUCGCCUCAUAAUCCACUUUCGGGCGAUCUAAGUCCAGUGACUGCUGGAGGUAUCGGACCUGGAGCUACACCCCCUCCUCAUGCCCCAGGCCAAGGUAGACAGGUCCAACCGAAAUCGUCUUUCGAUAAUUACUCGUCUGGCCGUCCUGGCGCGUUAGGCGGGCUGGGGUUGGGUGAAGGUGAAUGGGAGAGAGAAGGUUUGGGAAAAGGGUUGGAACAGAGAUUGGAAGAGGUUGCACAGGGACAGGGUCAGGGACAAAGUCACACUCAACCAUAG